CCUCCGCAAGCAUAAGCUCUCCGCUUCCGCCCCGCAACAGCUUCGAUCGGCUCAUCCGCCGCCCGCAGUCUGCUCGUCUCGCGGACUCGCCGCGAUGAACGCGUCGCAGUUCAUGGACAAGCAGAUCCAGGGCCUCGCCGCCUCCGCCUCCGCCUCCGCCGCCGCCGCGUCCUCGCCGCCGGCAUCCGGCGGGCUAGUCGAUCUGAUGAGCCCCGACCCGCAGGAGGAGGCGGUCAGCCACGGCCACGGCCCCGGGCACCGGUCCCUCCACGGCGGCGCAAACGGCACCGGCAACGGCGCCGACGAGGUGUUGCCCAGCUACGACUUCCAGCCCAUCCGCCCUUCUGCCGCCGCCGCCAGCGCUGUCCCCGUCGGCUCGGCCCCCGCGACGGGCGCCUGGGGUUCGCUCGACUCUAAAGCCGCCUCCCCCAACCUCCAGGGUGCUGGUGUAUUGGAGCCUCAUGUGCUAAAGAAAGUUAAUCAUGAAGAAGAGAGGAGCAACUUCAGUGCAGUCACUAUAGCGGAUAUUGAUCGUACCAUGAAGAAAUAUGCUGAUAAUCUUCUACAUGCACUCGAAAGUGUAAGCUCAAGGCUUUCACAGUUGGAGGACAGAACAUACCAUCUCGAGAAUUCUGUUGGUGAGCUGAAGUUGACAAUUGGUAACAACAAUGGGAGUACUGAUGGAAAACUGAGGCAAUUUGAGAACACACUGCGUGAGGUUCAAGCAGGUGUGCAGAUUUUGCGUGAUAAGCAGGAAAUUGUGGAGACCCAGAUCCAACUUGCAAAGCUCCAAAUGCCGAAAGCAGAGGAUGUUCAGUCAGAAGCUGGGCAGGUGGACACAAUGCAGCAGCCCGCUCCAUCCCAGCCAACCAUUCAAUCUCAAAACCAUGCCCCUCCCCCUUCCCAACCACCAGUACCACUGCCUGCCCUUCCUGCUCCAACUGCGCCACCUCCACCUCCAGCUCAAAACCAACCUCCAACACACUUCCCUGGCCAUGUUCCACAUCCCCAGGUUCCAUCAAUGCCACCCGCUCUGCCGGCUCCUUCAGUGACAACCAUACCACAGGAAUCCUAUUACCCUCCAUCAGCUCAGCCGACUGAGGCCACCCACCAGCAGUACCAGGCUCCACCAGCUCCGCAGCAGCCUCAGGCGCCACAGCCAGCACCACCGCAGCAUUACCAAACCUUGCCUCAGUAUGCUCAAUAUUCUCAACCUCCCCCAUCUGCAAGUGUCAACCCCACAGCUGCGCUUCCACCACCAGUGCCCCAGCAGCCUGAAGAACCAGCACCUUAUGGCCCACCUUCUCAGGGCUAUCCACCAAAUGUCCGCGCACCACCCCCUUAUAUGCCACCCCCAAGUGGACCUGCCGCUCCAUUCUAUGGACCGAACCCUGGCAUGUUUGAUGUGUCAGCUGCCAGGCCUAAUUCUGGGCCACCGCUGCCCUACAAUGCUGGAUACAAACCACCGGCUGCAGGUGGUUUCUCCGAAUCAUAUGGUUACGCCGGAUCUCCAUCCCACCAUGGAAACGCUGGAAUGAAGCCACCUUCACCCUUUGCUCUUCCUGGCGGAAGCAGCGGCAGCUAUGGCAGGCUGCCCACAGCUCAGGUGCUACCCCAGGCUGCGCCAGUCAGGUCCACUCCAAGCAGUGGCUCUUCUGGAGCCAGAGUGCCCAUCGACGACGUGAUUGAGAAGGUGGCCACGAUGGGGUUCUCGAAAGAGCAGGUCAGGGCGACAGUCCGCAAGCUGACUGAGAACGGGCAGAAUGUGGAUCUGAACGUGGUGCUUGACAAGCUGAUGAAUGAUACCGAUGCUCAGCCCCAGAGGAGCUGCGGCGAUCCGACGAUGUACGAGGCGUUCUGGCGAGAGGUCGGGGACCGCGGCGCCACCGUGAUCCGCGGGUGGCAGGUGAUGAGCUACUUCUCCGACGCCGCCGCGCUCUGCUGGUUCCUCGAGCCAGAGCUGGAGCGCGAGGUGCGACGACUCCACCGCGUCGUCGGAAACGCCGUGGACGACGGCUACCACCUCGUGGUCGGCACCGGCGCCACCCAGCUCUACCAGGCCGCCAUGUACGCGCUCAGCUCGUCGGCGCGCGGGGACCAGCGCCAGCCCGUCCCCGUCGUCUCGCCGGCGCCGUACUACUCCUCGUAUCCGCCCCAGACGGACCUCCUGCUCUCGGACUUGUACCGCUGGGCCGGCGAUGCCAACAAGUUCACCGGCGAUGAAUGCAUCGAGCUGGUCUGCUCGCCGAACAACCCCGACGGCGCCAUCCGCGAGGCCGUCGUGCGCUCCGCCGGCGCCAAGGCGAUCCAUGACCUGGUGUACUACUGGCCGCAGCACACGCCCAUCACCGGCCGCGCCGCCCACGACAUCAUGCUCUUCACAUUGUCCAAGAUCACCGGCCACGCCGGCACGAGGCUCGGGUGGGCACUGGUGAAGGACCGCGAAGUGGCCAGGAAGAUGGUCUACUUCGUCGACCGCAGCACCAUCGGCGUGUCCAAAGAGUCGCAGCUGCGCGCCACCAAGAUCCUCGGGGUCGUCUCCGACGCCUACGAGGUCGUCCCGCCGCCGCCGGCCGGCGACGGCAGCGCCGUCGCCGUGCCCCGCCUCUUUGACUUCGCGCGGCGGCGCAUGGAGGAGCGCUGGCGCAUCCUGCGCGCCACCGUUGCGGCCUCCGGCACCUUCAGCCUACCGGAGGAGACCUCCGGCUACUGCAACUUCGCCAAGCAAAACCUGACAGCUUGUCCUGCGUUCGCGUGGCUGCGAUGUGAGAAGGAAGGCGUGGAGGACUGCGCCAAGCUGCUCGCCGGCCACAAGAUCGUGGCUCGCGGCGGGGAGCAGUUCGGAGGAGACGCGCGGUGCGUCAGGAUCAACAUGCUGGACAGGGACAAUGUGUUCAACCUGCUUGUUCAGCGCCUGUCCGCUAUAAACUGAUCAGAGUGAAUGCAUGGAAUUGGAGCAAGCAGCAAGGAAGAAAAGAAUAAAAUGGACACAGAAGAUUUUGGUGUUCUUUUUUCUCAAUUUGGUAUCUCUGGUUCCUGGUUGGGAAACAAGUUUUGGUUUGCUUAUGAUGCACUGAACUCUAUCAAUCAGUAGAUUGUUAUGGAUUCAGAAAACAAGGGUUUUGUGUCCUAGAAUCAUUACCUUGAAUGAACUCUUCAGCUAGCCUCAUUCAUUGACACCAGUGGAUCAGAUUCCAAAAGGGUGUCACUGGGUAGUCCAACUAACCGAAACAUCAAGACAGUUUGGUCCAUUUCUAUUGUGAAGAAAAAUGGAAAAAAAAAGGUAGCUCAAGUGUCGUUUGAUA